CCCGCGAGACAUUAUACCCAUACUCCUUUGCUGUCUUCUGAAAGCCUCCGGUAGAAAACCCUAGCCGCAAUCUCCAAAAAAGGCAGACCUCGGCGAAUCCAAUCCCCAGAGAGAGAGAGAGAGAGAGAGAGAGCCAUGGUUUCGGGGUCGGGGAUCUGCGCGAAGAGAGUGGUGGUGGAUGCGCGUCACCACAUGCUCGGUCGGCUGGCGUCGAUCUUGGCGAAGGAGCUCCUCAACGGGCAGCGCGUGGUGGUGGUGCGGUGCGAGGAGAUCUGCCUCUCCGGUGGCCUCGUCCGCCAGAAGAUGAAGUACCUCCGCUUCCUCCGCAAGCGCAUGAACACCAAACCUUCACACGGUCCCAUCCACUUCCGUGCGCCCGCUAAGAUCCUCUGGCGCACCAUCCGUGGGAUGAUUCCCCACAAGACGAAGCGCGGCGCGGCCGCGCUUGCCAGGCUAAAGGCCUACGAGGGGGUGCCUCCGCCGUACGAUAAGAUGAAGAGGAUGGUUAUUCCGGACGCUCUCAAGGUUUUAAGGCUUCAGGCCGGGCACAAGUACUGCUUGCUGGGGCGGCUUUCCUCGGAGGUUGGAUGGAGUCACUAUGAUACUAUUAAGGAGCUGGAGGCGAAGAGGAAACAGAGGGCUCAGGUGGCAUACGAAAGGAGAAAGCAACUAGCAAAGCUGAGGUUGAAGGCUGAAAAGGCUGCCGAAGAGAAACUUGGCUCCCAGCUUGAUAUCCUCGCCCCACUGAAGUACUGAGAUUUUUUUCUCCUAGGUUUUGUCUGUGGAACAACAAUAUUAAUCCUUUUUGUUAUUUAUUAGUUGGUCAUUCUCUGAGAGUUGGAAGCAGCAAUGGUGGCUAUUUUGACGACUAUGUUUUACGUGAGUAUGAAGUUGUGUUUGGACUUUGGACUGCAACAUUUGGCGCUUUUGUAGAUUGGUUUUCCUCGGUAGAAUAUUUUCCUUGGGCCUACGCCUUAGAUUGGCUUUUCUAGUAUUGUUAUAUUUCAUUGCUG